AUGGGUUGUAUGGGAAAUUACAAGGUACCCACUGGCAUCCGCACAUUACAUAGAGGUUAUCAGAAGGGCCCCGACCUAGGAGCAAGAAGUUUGCUUGAUGAGUGGUUUGCUCUAUGUCAGAAGCUUGCUAUUGCAGCAGAACAUGGCUAUUUUGUCAGAUGGAACAAAGCAGCUGAAUGGGAAUCAAGCUAUCCAAACCAUGAUUUUGAGUGGAAGCACAACGUUGAACCGGUCAUGCAAGUUUACAUCGAAACAACUGAUGGGUCCUCCAUAGAGCCAAAGGAAAGUGCUCUAUUAUGGCAUUAUCUGGAUGCAGACCAUGACUUCGGUUCCUGCCAAGCAAAGGAACUACUGGGUCAUCUUGAAAGGGUGCUAUCAAAUGAACCUGUUGUUGUGAAGUGUGGUCAUUACAUUGUAGAAGUCAAACCACAGGUCUAUACCAUUUGAAUUUAUUACUACAUUUUUUCACUUUCAACUCAUUAUGUCCAGUUCACACUAAAUGAAAUACAUUACUUGUGCAG